AUGACCGCCACAGCGACCGCCUCCUCGCUGACGGACAUCGGCCGGGCCCUCCCGCCUGGCCGGACACCAGCCCCACCACCGGCCACGACGACGACCACGACGACGACGGCCCAGUGCACUAUCUGCGGCCUGCCCGUGAGCGAGCCCCCGUCCGCGUCUCGCCCCUCCCUAUCGGCAGCCUCGUCAGUGGCCUCGGUGGCCUCGCUCGGCAAGUCGCCAGGCCUCGGCCCGGACUCCACCAACACGGUCAUCAUCUCCGAGAGUCUGGCCACCCACCGUGAAUGCGUCCUCUUUUCCUCGCUCCAGGACCAGGGCAUCGACUCCGAGGAGCAGGUGUCCUUCUGGCGCCUCUUCUACUUCAAGGCCCUAUCGCGCGUGUUGGAGGCCGAGCCCCGGUCUCUGGAACUCGGCUUCCGCCUGAAUGAGUCGCUCAAUGCGCUCAAUGCCCAGAAGGCCGAGCUCGACAGCCGGGCACAGGAAAUCAAGACCCUUCGCGGCGCGCUGGCACACCAUGCAAACACCCGCGCUGACGGUCAGCCUGCACCGGCCCACUCGAUCGAGUCCUUCGAUACGGCGGCCAAGCUCCGGCACUUGGACUCUCGCCACCGGGCCGACAUUGCGGUCCUGCUGGGGCAUCUGAAUAUGCUUCAAACGUCGCUCACCAAGUUCACUCGUGAGCUCUCGGACUGCAUGGACGCCUUCCCCGAGCCGGGGCACAUCCCGCCACAGCUGGUGGACUUCCGCAACCGCUUUGGCGCCUUUGCCACCAUGGCCGCCUCGAGGCAGCCGCAGGACCUGUCCGGCCUGAGUAGGUCCUCGGGGUUCCUCCGGCCCGGGUCAUCGGGCCGGCGGUUCUCCAUUGCCGAUGCCUCGCCUCCAUCUUCCCCCCUGCCUUCGGGCCCCGGGGCCAGCCGCCGGCAUUCGGUGUCACACAUUGGCACGGAUCCCGACUCCGGGACCCUCUUCCUGCCCAGCACGCUGACCGCCCUCAGUGUCAUUGGGCUGACACAGCCAACGCGCGUGGCCCAGCCGGAUGAGCUGCCCACCAGCCUGGCCAAGCUGGUUCGCGAUCGCCGGCACUCGGUGGAUCUCGGGACAUAUCGCCAACGGCAGCUGGCCGCCCUGGCCAGCGGAACGGCCGGCAACAGCCCCUCCGGGUCGCCCCUUCUGGCGAAUAUCCUGACCAGCGACUCGGUGCCCGGCAGUCCCGCCGGGCACUCGGUCAUCCCCGGGUCGUCGGCCGCAUGGGCUCGGACCUCGGCCGAGCGGCGGCAGCAAUCGCACGAGUCGCUGGACUCCUCCAAGUCGCCGGACAGCUCCGCCUCGCCGGGUGCCUCUCAAGCGCCGCAGCCCCCCUCGAUCGGGCCGCGCCCGGCCGAAUCCAUCAUGAAGGUGGACAAUGGCCGGGCUGCUGUCCCCGCCACGGACCAGGCCCCUGGGGCCCGGGCACCGAAGGCGCAGCACCCGCUGCUGGCAAUGCUGGCCCGGCGGCCGUACUCGCCGCUGUCGCUCGAUGAGGCCAUGGCCCUGCUCUUGGCUCGGUUUUCCGGGCUCGACCGGGAGCUGGUCAAUUCGGCCACCAUCCCGUCGAAUGUGUGGGACACGGCCGGGGCCGAGGUGCGGCCUGGCGGGCGGCUGCGGCACUCAUCCUUCUGCGAUCCCCUGAUGCCCGGGUUGACGGGGGCCGUGCGCGUUCGCCAGCUGGCUGUCGGCCAGUCCGGGGUUCUCUACCCGCCGCAGGGGUCCCAGUCGGGGUCCGCCCACUCGCGGGGCCGGCGCUUUUCGCUGUCCCACCAGUCGGCCACACGCGCCGGGCUGGUGGACCCGGAGGCUGAUUUUGCCGGGCCCCGGCCGGUGUCCCACCCGUGGGUCAGCCUCUGGCUGCUACUCCAGGGCGAGAGGCUGUUCUUCUUCCACGAGUCGCGUCCCGGCCGCGGGGAGCCCCUCUUUUCCCUGUCCAUGGCCGGGCUCCGGGUGGAGGACAUGUCGGUGGGCAUGGAUCAGCCCGCGCCCGGGGAUGCGGUGACCCCGAUGGCCGGGGUGCCGCCGACCCCCGGCGCCUCGCCGGGGCUGCUCCCCACCGCGGGGCUUCUUCCCGGCGGCCAGACGCCCACCUCGCCCGUGACGCCGACCACCGGCGGCCGGGGCACCGCCCCGCCCAGUCACCUGGUGAUGCUCCAGUCCUCGAGUGAGGGGGAGUGGUUGCUGGAGCUGCCAGCCGUGCAGUACUCGCACUGGGUGUCGUACUUGCACUUGGCCAGUGGCUUGCGGCUGCUGCCGCUGCCUCCGCGGAGCCGGCGGCUGCCGCUCUACUUCGAUCUGGCCCGGUCGCCGGAGCUCCGGCCGGCUGAUUCGGACUCCGGCGGCCCGCCCGGCGGGGCCCCCGGGCUCGGGGACCGCCACGGGCGGCUGGAGGUCCUGGCCGGGGCCUUCUUCAUUCCCCAUGUGCUGGAGGAGACCCGGUCUUUCCUGAGCGUCCACCGCUGCGCCGUUUGCGCCUCCUACAUUUUGACCAAGUCCUACCGGUGUCGGUACUGCCAGCUGCACAGCCAUCUGUCCUGCUCGGCCCGCCUGCCGGCCGAUUGCUGCCUGCCCAGCAGCCUCGGCCAUCGGGGCUAUCUGGAGGAGGCGCCGGCAGCCGACUCGGAGGACUCGGCCCCGGCCGCCCCGGCCGAAGAGUCAACCCCCUCCACCGGGCGCCGGCGCUCGGUCCUUCUCAUGCGGCGCUUCAGCCUUGGUUCCAAGGCUGCCGAGCCGGAGGCCGACAUGCCGGCGCCUUCGGCCCCGUCGCCGGCUUCGGCCCCGGCCCUGCCAGUGGACCUGGUGGACUUGACUGCGGGCGAGGUGCCGGCGGUGGCCGGGCCGACGCCGCAUUCGGAGCCGGCAUCGCCAGCUCGGGCGUCGGGCGGCCGGCGGCCGUCCUUCCUCUCGCCCAAGCGCACGUCGACACCGCUGCCGCUGGUUCCGGCGUCGCCUUUGCGCGUGGACACGGCCGUGGCCAUCCCCCCGCCGCCCUCCUCGCCGCCGGGCUUUGGUGGGGGGUCUUCCUCGGCUGGAUUCUCGCCCGCAGGCGAGCGCCAGCUGACGACCCUGCCAUCGCGCCAGUAUGCCCUGGUGUUUGGCCCGCUCCUGGACCAGAGCACCUGCUCGAUCCCGGAGGCCUUGCUACUGACGGCGCCCAGCAGCCUGGAUUCCGACCUUUCCGAGGGGGAUCUCUCCCGGCGGGGCAGCUUGGUGGCGGCCGCGGCAGCCGGGUCCCGGCGCCGGCCCCCGCCUCGGUCCCCGGGCGAUGGCCCCCUGCCGGGGUUCUUCCCGCUGGUCCCGGAUGCGGCGGCCAGUGCCGCCGCGGCCGGGGGCCGGCUGCCGGUGGUGCUGGUUGUGUGUGUGCGAGCCAUCGAGCGCCGGCUGAUCAGUGCCGCGGUCGAGGCGUACGGUCCGGCGGGGCCGGGCUCCAAUGGCCUGGCCCUUGACGCGCUGCUGCCCCAUGUGUCGCCGAUUUUGAUCCACUACUUGCGAAAGACGGCGCAGGAUCGCGAUGCCCGGGGGUCGGUCCCUUCAUCCAGUCGAAACAGCAUCGCCUCCUCCCUUUCGGACAUCAGCAUCCAGUCGUCGGUGUUCUCGCUCGGGAGCGAUGUCUCGUCACUUAUGUUGGCCCCUGCCCUCGGGGGCCCUGGCCCGGCCGUACUCCAGGCCAGUCUGGUCGGCCUGUAUCAUCAGCCGGCCGACUCGCCGGCAUCGCUGCUGCGCGCGGCCAGCCAGGUGGCCGCCGUCUGCCAGGACGCCCUCGGCACGGACCUCGGCACGGCCGUUGACGACUCGGCCACCCCGCCGACCGAAACCUUCUCGCCGAUCGAGCAUCACUCCUCCGGCGUCAGUCCCCACUGCGUGGCGCACGUGCUGAAGCUUUGGCUCGGGUCCAUUUCGAGGGAUCUCUUCAGCCGGGCUCUGCUGGUGGAGCUGGUGGCCCUGCACGCGCUGCCAUCGGUGCAGGCGCUCCUGGCCACCGGUGCCGGUGACGUCUCCUGCGCCUCCUCCGGCGAUGGCCUGGGCGGUGCCUCUUCACAACAAUCUCUCGAUGCCGGGGGGGCUGGUCAGCAGGCACUGCCCCAGCAUCGCCGGCAAUGCGGGCAGUUCCUCCUGAACCGCGUUCGGCAAAUCCUGUCUCUCCGUCUGUCCGGCUUUGGUUUCGCCAUCGUCCGACAUCUUCUUGUCCAUCUUUCUUGUGUUUCCAAAUUCUCCCCCAUCACUCGGACCACAGCUCCGAUGCUGGCCCGCUCGAUGGCGCCCUUCCUCUUCUCGAUCGGCUCGCUUGAUGCCUCCCUCUUCCCGCGACUGGAGCCCCUCUUGGAGAUCAUGAUCAACCAGGCUCACACCCUCUUCAUUCAGUCACCACUCUGCCAUUGCACCACGUGAGCGGGGCCGGUGUCCGGUCGGAG